AUGACUGUAUUAUUAGAACAAGAAUAUAAGAACGAAAUUGAUACUAAAGUAUUUAAAGUUUUAGUAGCAUUUUCACAAAGUAUAGAAAGAUCAUUAAUAAACAAUCAAAAUACAUUACAUCAAGCAGAGAAUUCAUUAAAUAUAAAUAUUAAUACACAAGCACAAGCUAUUGAUUCAUCACAGUUUGAUUCAUCGAAUUUAGGAUUAUACACUGUUCAAUUAGUUAGAAAUGUUAUAAAAAGAUCAAAUGAUUUAUCCGAUGAAUUCAAUUCCUUAGUAAAUACAAUAACACAACAACAACAACAAAAAGAAAAACAAUAUAAAGAUGAAAUUCAAUUUUUAAAAUCUAGAAUUGAACAAUUAUCAAAUAAUAAUAAUAAUAAUACAAAUACAAAUAAUACAAAUACAAAUAAUAUAUAUAAUGAAAAUAAUAAUAAUAAUAGUAAUAAUAUAAUAAAAAUAGAUAAAUUAGAGAAUAUAUCAUUGGAUGAAAAUAGUAAAGAAAAUAAUAUUAAUAAUAAUAAUAAUAAUGAAGAUGAUAAACAAAAUGCACAAAAACAAUCAUCACCAAUUGGAAGUAGUUUAUCAGUAUCAAAUAAAGAGCCAAAUUUAGAUUGGGAUACAAAAUAUCAAACUGAAUUACAAUUGAAUGCGAUGUUAUCAGAGUUUUUAAAAGAUGAUUUUGAAAUUUCAAAUUUGAGUUUAGGUGUUUCAGAUGAAGUUUCAAGUACAACUUCACCUUCGAUUUCAACAACUUCAACUGCAAAUACUGGUUUAGGUUCUUCUGGUUCUUUCUCUCCAAAUUCAAAUACAACUUCACCAUCUUUAAAUCUUUCAAAUUCUUCAACAAAUUCACUUUCAACUACAGUAAAUAAUAGUAAUAGUAAUAGUAAUACCAAUACCAAUAACAAUAACAAUAGUAAUAGUAAUAGUGCUAGUGGUGGUGGUAGUGAUAAAACUCAACAAAAUGUUCAAAAGAAAGCAAUGUUAACUGAUUUAUUAGAUCAAAUUGAUUUGGAUUCUGGCUCGAAUACUCCUUCUAAACAAAAGAAAGGAAAAUUCAAAUUCUUUUAA